UCCGGGGUACUGCUGACCUCCACGGACGCGGCGGACCCCAUGCUGGACCCCAUGCUGGACAGCGACUCACUUGGGUCGCUGGUGAGCCCGGCCCGCGGCCCGCCCACCCUCUUCGAGGGCGACUGGCUGGGCAGGGACUCGUCCUCGCUGGACGCGCUGCCGCCGCCGGGGGGCAGCCGUGGCGAGGGCCCGGGCAACCUCGGGCUCUCCCUCAAGGGCGCGGCCGGCGAGGCGGGGGCGUCCGUCAUCCUGGCACCGAGCUACCGCAACGAGAGGACCAUUUCGACCUUUGGCCUCGCGUCGCUGUCCGCGCUCGACGGGGGCGCGUCGGCCACGUCAGCGGCCGUCCACGACCAGCUGUCCGCGCCGACCACCCCCGAGCAGCCGGACACGGCGCACUCGGCCGGCGUCCUGGUCAGGAGGGCCCCGGAGCUGGCCAGCCUUCCCGUCCUGAAGGCCUCGAGCGCCCCGGCGGCCACGACGAGCACGCCGACGGAGGUCGCCGACACGACGGCCAAGGCAGCCGGGCCCUACUUCGAGGCGGCCGCCGACUGGUGCGCGCUGGCGGACAGCGACACAUGGGAGUCGGACGAGGAGGCGCCCGAUGUUGAAACGGCCGCGGAGGACCUGGAGGAGCGGGACUCCUUCCCGGACGGGCACGCCGACGAGGCCGUGAGUUUAUCGAUUUUCAUUUCGGAACGGCGGGGCUUGGCGAUGCGCUGACCCGA